AUGGAUUUGAUGGAGAAGAACUUGGAGUUAACGGAGGUUCAGAAACUUGAAGGCCACACCGACCGUGUUUGGAACGUAGCUUGGAACCCCGUCUCCUCUCUCGCCGACGGUACUUCACCGGUUAUUGCCUCUUGUAGUGGCGAUAACACCGUACGAAUCUGGGAACAGAGCUCGCUCUCUCACUCCUGGACCUGCAAGGAAGUUUUGGAGGAAACGCAUACAAGAACUGUGAGGUCAUGUGCUUGGUCACCUUCAGGAAAGUUAUUAGCCACAGCGAGUUUUGAUGGUACCACUGGGAUUUGGGAGAAUUAUGGGUCUGAGUUUGAGUGUAUUUCCACCUUGGAGGGACAUGAAAACGAAGUCAAGAGUGUAUCAUGGAAUGCAUCUGGUACAUAUCUUGCAACAUGUAGCAGAGACAAGUCUGUGUGGAUUUGGGAAGUGAUUCCAGGAAAUGAAUAUGACUGCGCUUCGGUGUUAAACGGGCAUACACAAGAUGUGAAGAUGGUCCAGUGGCACCCUACCGUGGAUCUUCUGUUUUCUUGUAGUUAUGAUAACACCAUCAAGGUUUGGUGGUCUGAAGAUGAUGAUGGUGAUUAUCAGUGUGUUCAAACCUUAGAUGAAUCUAACAACGGUCACUCCUCUACUGUUUGGGCCAUCUCGUUUAACGCUGCAGGGGACAGGAUGGUUACUUGUAGUGAUGACCUAACCUUGAAGAUAUGGGGAGCAGAUAUUUCCAUGAUGCACUCUGGUGAAGGAUAUGCGCCUUGGACUCAUCUCUCUACACUCUCUGGUUAUCAUGACCGUACGAUAUACUCAGCUCACUGGUCAAGGGAUGACAUUAUUGCCAGUGGAGCAGGCGAUAACGCUAUACGGUUGUUUGUUGACAGCAAACAUGAUUCUGUUGAUGAACCUUCAUAUAAUCUUUUGCUGACGAAGAACAAAGCACAUGACAUGGAUGUGAACUGUGUCAGAUGGUCGCCUGGUGAGACGAACCGGUUGCUUGCCUCGGCCAGUGAUGAUGGGAUGAUCAAGAUUUGGCAGCUUGCAACCAAACCGUGA